AUGCGGCCCAGCGGCUGGCUGUGUCUGUGUGCAGGGAUCGCCCUGGCGCUCUCCGCCGACGCCUCGCCUGCUGCGUCCGACGACGGCGGGCCGGCACGCGGACUCACCGCCGGUGGAACGGCACUCGCUCGAGACAUGAACGAUGCCAGAAAAAAGAAACAAGAGAUCGGAGACAUGUGGCCGAUGCUGCUCAUACCAUUCAUCAUACAGGCCGUGGUGCUGCCAUUUUUCCUCACUUCACUGAAGAUGAUGGCUGUAAAGUCGCUGUUUGUUGGGAAGGUUGCACUCUUGUUGCUGCUCUUCAACGUGUUGCGGAAUGCGGCGCUGCAGUCGCAAGACAAUGUGUACAAGGAUAAUCUUGCCGAAGCACACUAUGGCUACAAUGGAGGCCCUGAAAUUGGAGCAUGGUUCAACAGAUGAACGCUUUCUGUUUGCUUCUGAAUACCUGAGCCAUUGUACUUUGUGUAUUUUAUAGCUGCACGGAUGUAACGUCUUUCAUGCAUGUGAUCAUUAUUUAAAUCUGUGGCAAACAGACCUCCUUCAGUUCACCUUCUUACAUAUUUUUUCAGUAUUGGCAAUUCAAAAUUUCGUACUCUAUUUGGUUUUCCUGUCAUUAAUACUGCAUAACUGAUUGAAGUGUUCUCACUUAAAUCAUUGUUCCUAUUGUCAGAGAUUCAUACUAUCGUAAAGGGUCAAAUGAAAAAGGUGAUAUACUAAGACAUAUUUCCUUUAUUUCACCUGUUAGUUUCCAGUGUUUUAAAUCAAAUGUUCAUGUAACCACUAUAAUGUCACUUGCAUUUUGCAGCAUAUCGUCUCACUACAAUAUGAUUUUAUUUAGGUAUAAACAUUUUCAGCUAUAUUUCUGGGUUUUAUCAGAAUCAUCUGUUUGUUGUGUCAUUAUCAUAAACAAUUUCCAUUUUAUUUAUUUCUGUAUCAUGUAAGUUAACUGAGUAUUGUGUUAAAGCCUGUUCUAUUUGUGUACGUACAUAUAGUGCAAGUGAGGUAUUUACAUACUUAAAUUUGAAAAUAUUUAUUCAUAAAUAUUUGCCUCAUUACAGGAAUUAUUAGGUAUUUAUAGCAAAAAAUUAUAUUUAUUUUGUAUAUUUAUUUCUAGUUUUGUUUAGCCUACGAGUUUAGGGCCUUGAUGUCCCCUCUGACAUCCGUUGUGCCGUAUCGUAAAAUAUUUACUACCGCUUUGUGUUCCAGCAGUAUUUUUUUACUUUAAAAUUGUCAUCCGCUCUCAA